CGUCAGGUGAUAUUGAGCCAUUUCUUGUAUUCGUAGAAUCCAAUUGAUCAGUGAAUGAUCCCGUAUCAGACGUAUCAAUAAGAUUGUCUAUGGCAGUCUCACUGUCUAUGGAUUCUUCGGGUGGAAGUACUACUAUCGGCGUGACGUACGAUCUCAGUUCGGCUUGUAUCAAAAAGUUGGGUGGAUUCUGAAAUGAUCAAGUGCAAAAAAUUUUCAUAUACGUCACAUAUUGCAUGAUACGACAAAUUCUCGUCUCUGCUAAUCGUAUCAACAACGAUAAUUGAAAGAGACAUUACCUCGGGUAACGACGGAAUCGCUAUUAAAUGUUUAAAAUACUGCAUAUGUUUAAUGGUAUUGUAAAAGCUCUUCAAUUCGUGGAACUGCUUCGAAAAUCUAUCGCGAUGUCCGGUCAACGUGUCCGCCGGGAGGGCGCCGUGAAGCUUGAACAAGAUUUUCACACAACAGUCGUAUAGCUGCGAAGCAUCCUGGAUGCACGGGAUCAAAGGUGCAAGUCGACACUGUCCGCAGGGUGUCAUCGAAUUGGAUCGUGACAAAUCCAGUGAACCAAAGACUAUAAUGUUGAUAAAGAGCUCGUUAAUGUGCUGUGCAUGAAAGAUUUAUAUCUCAAAAUAUGAAAAAUAAUUGUAUGCAAAAGGCCCCACACCAAAUACAUAGGAUUUUGGCUUUCAAAAUCUAUUCUCAGCAUACCUGCAUGCUGCAAAUUCAAGAUGUCAUCCAUGUAAUCAAACAUCUCGACAGACAUCUGGAAGCUAAAAAAAUUAAUUAGACAUGCAUAUUUCCUCCGGCGUUACUUGCAAAUUUCCAGAUUCACGUGUCCGGAACCCAAGACAGUCGAGGCAUCAUAUCUCUGUCUUUCGUUUUGCACUGAAAUUCACCGAUCAUGAGUACCGUACGUUGUUGCUUGAUUAGUGCGGGUCGUCUGGUGUCAUCUAACCAUGUCAACAAUAAUGUACAUAAAAUUGUGAGAAUUUUUGUGGCCAGUAGAGCUUUGACAAUUAGCGGCAGCUUAGCGAAAGCUCCAACCGAGCCUACGCCACCUUCUAAAGAUACCACAUCCAGUGGAGCCACUGGUAAUGGCACAGGUGGUGGAAAGAAGAACACGCUUACCUGUCCAAAGUGUGGAGAUCCUUGCACGCAUGUUGAGACAUUUGUAUCAUCUACAAGAUUUGUCAAGUGCGAAAAGUGCCAUCACUUCUUUGUUGUACUCUCAGAGAUUGACUCAAAAAGGAGUUUGAAAGAGGCGCUAAGACCGGAAGAUGGUAAGCAAGGAUUCUAUAGGAAACCACCUCCACCUCCGAAGAAGAUAUUUGAAUAUCUGAACAAACACGUUGUGGGCCAGGAAUAUGCUAAGAAAGUGCUGAGUGUCGCCGUUUACAAUCACUACAAGCGAAUUUACAACAAUCUGCCAGUACAAACCUCGCAGACGCAAACCAACAUCAACCCGAUCAGCACGCAGGAAACAAAUCAUCCCUUCACUCAUAGAGGUCCUAAGCCACAUUUGCUGCAUAUAUCAGGUAUUGGAAAUCCAUUUCCGGGAGUUGGAUUUCAACACGCAAUCAAUCCGGGAGGCGAGCAAAAGACGAGCAGUCAAUCUGCACCCGGAUCGGCUAUAUUAGAUAGCAAGCAGCAUCAGUUGAAAUUGGAAAAGAGCAAUAUAUUGUUGCUCGGUCCUACAGGAUCUGGUAAAACGUUACUCGCGCAGACAAUAGCGCAAUGCCUGGACGUUCCGUUCGCCAUCUGUGAUUGUACCACUCUUACGCAAGCGGGCUACGUUGGCGAGGACAUUGAGAGCGUCAUAGCUAAGCUUCUUCAGGAUGCCAAUUAUGUAGUAGAUCGUGCUCAAAUGGGCAUAGUCUUUUUGGACGAGGUCGACAAGAUCGGUGCUAUACCCGGAAUCCAUCAGUUGCGAGACGUGGGCGGUGAAGGUGUGCAGCAGGGAAUGCUGAAGAUGUUGGAGGGAACGAUCGUGAACGUUCCGGAGAGGAAUAGCUCGAGGAAAUUGCGCGGAGAGAUGUUACAAGUGGAUACAACGAAUAUUCUAUUCGUCGCGUCGGGCGCUUACAGCGGCUUGGACAGGCUGAUCGCGCGACGCAAAUCGGAAAAAUAUCUCGGAUUUGGCGCGACGCCCGCGGCCGAGAGCCUGGGCAGGAGAGCGGCGACUUUGGCUGAUGUUGCGAAUAUGUCACCUUCCACCGAGAGAGAUAAUAAAGAGAAGGACAUGUUGUUGCAACAGGUCGAGGCGAGAGAUCUCAUCGAUUUCGGGAUGAUACCCGAGUUUGUCGGUAGAUUUCCCGUACUCGUACCUUUUCACACCCUCGACAGAGAUAUGCUAGCGAGAAUUCUCACAGAACCGAAGAAUGCCAUCGUUCCUCAGUUUCAGAUGUUGUUCUCAAUGGACAAGGUGGAAUUGACAUUUGACAUGGACGCACUAAAUGCAAUUGCCUCUUUAGCAAUGGAAAGAAAAACGGGUGCGCGAGGUUUAAGAGCAAUAAUGGAGUUAUUACUUUUGGACCCCAUGUUUGAAGUACCGGGAAGUGAUAUAGUGUCUGUUCAUAUCACAGAACAGUGCGUAAAAGGCCAAGAAAAUCCGCAGUACGUGAAACGAGACGAUAGCAAUGAGGAUGAUAUUCAGCGAGCGCAGCAUGAAAGAUCGAAAAAGCACACAUACUAGCAUUCCACAUCCAAUCUCAAGCUUUGCAUCAUGUAUACAUUUAUUGGUGAUAACAUUGAAAGCAAAACGGCAUAAUCAUUUUCGUCAUGAAUCUAACAAUCAAAUAUAUAUAUGAAUAUAUAAAAAAAAAUAAUACUAAUAUAUUUACAAAAUAAUGUCAUCAAAAUCGAUUUGACAACCUAAAUAUCACAUCAAGUGUAGUAAAAUAAAUUCUGAUCAUAAUUUAAAUUAAUUGACUAUUAAGACAUGAAAAUAUGAAAUAAAAAAUUUUAUCAUCAAUUGAAUGUGAUUGAAAAUAUUGUAAAAGAGCCAUAUAAUAAAGAGUUUCGAUGCAACCACUCAAAAUAAAUUUUCAUAUAUUAUGAUGCCAGGAUUGUUUGCAAAGUGGGUACUAAUUAUGCGCGUUGUUUUAAAAAAAUUUUAAAAAAGAUCUUAUAACUUGAUUAAUAAUAAAUUACGAAAUAAACACUUGUUUGCUGAUGAUAAAAGAAUAUAAUUGCGAGAGAAAAGAAAAUACGUAAUUUUAUGUCGAAAUAUAAUAUAGACGAAAGUGUCUAUGUAAUAUAUUGUACAUAUUAUUAUAGAUUAGUAAAAAAGAAAAUGUGAAUAAUGUAUGACUUGUAUGUAAUUGCUAAUCUGUUUAUAGAUCGCAUUGUACGCGAUAUACAUCCUCGCUGUUAAUUUACUUCCUGAUUAACUGUACAAAAGCAAGAAAAAAAGAAAGAAAAAUAGACUGUAUAAAAUAUGACACAGAGUGAUGAAAAUUACAUGAGUUUUUCCCUAAAUCUUUAUUUCAUAUGAUCUGAUAUCCUAAUAAUAUAUAUAGAAUAAUUCUGUAUUUGUAAUAAAUCUGUAAUAUGCAAUUGUAA